AACGACAAAAAAGUACAAUAAAAUGGCGCCAGUAAAAAAGAAGAACGCAAAACAGGUUAGUAGUGGUGGAUCCGAUCCGGAAAGCGAGGAAUAUCUCAAGAAACGAGCUCGAAACAAUCAGGCGGUUAAAAAAAGUCGCAAUAAGUCGAAACAAAAAGCGGAAGAGACCAAGGAGCGGGUUGAUAAUUUGAAGAAUGACAAUCAAAGGUUGUCGGAACGAAUAUCGGAAAAAGAAAAACAGUUGAAUGACUUAAAGAGCCUUUUUAUUGAAACGGCCAAAUCAAAAACAGAUGUAGUAAAUCAAGACCUGAGGGCACUGCUAGCCGAUGGAAGUGACGAUGAUAAUGACAACAACUAAAUUUAAGAACACUUGAUGCAUCCAAAUACUUAAUACUUAAUUUAUAAAUAGUUAACAUAAAUCUAAGUUAGGCUAAGAAUGACGUAAAAAAUCUGUAACGUUUCAAAUUCAUUUAAUAAACAUUGACAUAAAUAAAAAGAAAUCACCAAAAA